AAAACUGGGAUUUUCUUUUCUUUUUCCCCUGUGCAAUUUUAAUCGGACCAGUCCAACCAAAGAAACUAUUCAAAUGCCAACCCGCGUUGCAAUGCCCCAAACAACCGAAAAGAAUAAAAAACAAAACAAAAAAAAAUGUACACGUUCAAAAAGAUGAUGAAGAAGAAAAGACGCUGACAAAAAUGCGUCCAGGUGAGUUGCGGGAGCGCAGGCGGGCGUUGGGACAGGGUUACGGGCGCGUAUGCAUUUGAUUCACAUAUAUGGUCAUGAUUUUGAGAAAUCUAGCCACGUUCCUCUUUUUCUCUCCUCUUUCUCUCUUUCUUUCUGCUCCUACUGGUGUCUCAUGGGUGUGCGUGGUGCCGUGCUUUUUUUUCUUUCUAUUCCCAUUUCCAUCCGAUUCUCUCUCUCCUUUUCGGAUGUGUAUUCUAAACACACACAGAGAGAGAGAGAGAUGGAAGCCGGUGCUGUUGCGUCGUCCCUCCAGGGCGUUUCCCCAGUUGGAAUCGUCAGAGAAUGGAGGAAUGAAAGAAAGAAGAGGUAAAUAAAAAAAGGAAAAAAGAGAAAGAGAUUCGGAGUUUGGGGCCUGUGUGCGUUUGGUCGGCGCAGUCGGGACGAGUGAAAGUGGCGUGGAGGAGGUCGUUUCCAUCGAGUCUUGGCCGUUCUCUUUCCUUUUCCCAACUCUCUGCCCGUUUCUUUAGGGUCGUCGUCGACGUUCGUCGUCACCUGCCAGUGCCGCUCUGUGUCUCGGUGACUGCACUGUGUGUCCACGCGAAUUCAAACUCAUUAAAACAGUCGUCGUCGUCCCCUUCAUCCGAAUCGAGAAGUGAAUUUUCCAGUCGCUUACCAAUUUUGGAUCGCGACUUUAUCUAGUUGUGGAACCCAACCGACAUUUAGGGGGGGCCCAGCGAGUUUAAACUUUUUUUUUCGUUGUUGUUUCUUUUCUUUUCUUCUCUUCUCGGAUCUCAACGGUUACGUCGACACAGUGAGAGUUCCAAGAGAGAGAGAGAGAGAGAGAGAGAGAGAGAGAGUCGGCAGUGGUUGGCUGGUUCGUGUUGGGUUCGGUCGGUCAGGGGCGCACGGGAGUCAUCGGGGGCAAUCCGGUUGCCUUUUCAUCGGUUUCGGACGAUUGCGUUCAAUUGCGGUCCUUCCCAAUCGGACGGGUGUGAAGAGCAAGUCGUAAAUUCUGACCAGUGACCGGUCAAAACACACAAAACACCCUCGAUUGUUCCCAGCUGCCGGAAUUGUUGGACUCUUGCCCGCCGGGCACUGCAGCGGCGCACCAUUACCCAACAGCCUCACACGAAAACCAUAUUGGACUCCAGAGUCCCUCCUUUUGAUUUGCAACCGGGCAACUCUAGCCCGCACCCAAAGAACAACAACAACAGCAACUACAACCACAACAACAAGAGAGUUCGGAAAAAGAAGCCCAAACGGAAAUGGCUGGGUGGAGCAACGGAGUUUGGUGCGGGACGGAUGCGCUCAACGAGAGGAGGUCGCAACGGAGCGCGGCAACGGGCGGCGUCGUGACGGAAGUGGACGCCAUUCGACUGGCUGAGCGCAUGCAAAUGGACGGCGACGUGCACACGGUUUUGCGGCGUCACCACGUCACGUCGCACGUCCGCGACGACACGACCGAGAGCCAGCGGACGGCCCGCAAGUCGGGCGUCCGCCGCGUGACGACCCGCACCGUCCGCCAGACGACGACCAUCACGCGAGGAGAGCAGCGCUCCAUGACGGAGAACAUCAACCGGCUGGACGACGGCUACGGCGGGCGGACCAAUUACUUCCAGACGUCGUCGCCUUACGGCGCCUCUGAACGCGACGCCUCCCUCUACGAGGAGCGCGUCCCCGUCCCGGCCAUCACUUACCACCGCCACCUGGCUCCCGUUGAACAUCACUCGACGUCGUUUAAACGAUCCAAGAUAUCGGACAUCAUGGUGGGCCAGGAUGAAUCAUUGACGGCCCGUGAAGCCCUUUUGCGAUGGGCUCAGCGCACCACGGCCAAGUACCCGGGUGUCCGCGUCAAGGAUUUCACCUCCUCCUGGAAGGACGGCCUGGCUUUCAACGCCAUCAUCCAUCGCAACAGACCUGAUUUGGUGGAUUGGCGCUCGUUGAAGAAUCGCGGCAUCCGCGACCGGCUGGAAUCCGCCUUUAACAUUGUGGAACGCGAGUACGGCGUGACACGACUUCUCGAUCCCGAAGAUGUCGAUACCCCCGAACCGGAUGAGAAGUCGUUGAUUACCUACAUCUCGUCGCUCUAUGAUGUUUUCCCUAAUCCGCCGGCCUUACACCCACUUUACGAUCCGGAGACGCAGCGAAAAUACAGCGACUACCGAGAAUUGUCCAGCUCACUGCACGUUUGGAUCCGUGAGAGCACGCUGUUGAUGCAAGAUCGCAAUUUCCCCAACACGCUCAUCGAGGUCAAGAAGUUGGCCCUGGAGUCGAACCGAUUCCGGACGGAUGAGGUACCGCCACGCCUUAGAGAGAAGCAGCACAUCACCCGACUUUACAAGGACAUUGAGAAAUUUUUGGAAGAGACGGAAGAGAAAUUGGAGCCCGAACUGCGGCCCGACGUGCUGGAACGCAACUGGAACCAGCUGUUGCUGCUGCACCAGGAACGUGAUGCGGCCAUUCACAAGGAGAUGGAACGACUGGAGCGACUCCAGCGGAUUGCCGAAAAGGUGCACCGCGAAGCCAAGCAGUCGGAUGUCCGGCUGGAUGACAUUGAAGCUCGGAUUGAUGAAGAAGCCAAGCGGCUGGAUCGGCUCCAUCCGCGGGACGCCAUGAAGAACUGCGAAGUUCUCAACUCUGAACUGGCUUCGAUUGAGGAGGCCAUCAAGAACAUGUUUUCGGAUGUCCAGAUCCUGAAAGAAGGCCGUUACAACCAGACGUCCGACCUGCACAAGCGUGUCCAGCGAAUUCACCAGCGCUGGCAGUCGAUUCGUGCCGUUUUCCAGACGCGAUUGCUCGAAGUGUUGCCUUCCUUGACGUCGCCGGAUGCCAGCCGAUCCUCGCGCUCCUCCCUGGAAGCCCGUCUCUUUGAGACCAACGAGCAGUUCCGCUUCCUUCGCGAAUGCUCGGAAUGGGUCCGGUCCAAAUUGACGCAAAUGGAGAAAGCCGCUUACGGUAGCGACUUGCCCAGCGUUCAAAUCGAACUCGAGUCGCAUUUGAAGGAACACAAAUCUGUUGAUAAAUUCCAAAGCAACGUCGAAAAGUGCAUAUCAAAUAAGAACAAAUUCCAAGGCGAGGAGUCGGCCAUUUACGUCCAUCACGUGACGAUUCUGCAAAAGUCUUACACGGAGCUGACGAUGACGAGCAAGAAACGUCUGGCGGACCUGGAAAUGCUUCAGGAUUUCAUCCAGUCGGCCACGACUGAGCUCAUCUGGCUCAACGAGAAGGAGGAGAUAGAGAUAUCGCGCGACUGGUCCUCCAAGUCGCUCAACGUUACUGAAAUUGAACGUUAUUACGAGGCGUUGAUGAGCGAGUUGGAGAAGCGCGAAAUUCAAGUGAGCGCCGUCCAGGAUCGCGGCGAGGCCCUUGUGCUGCAGCACCAUCCGGCCUCCAAGUGCGUCGAGGCUUACAUGACGGCUCUAUCGACUCAAUGGAAAUGGCUCCUGCAGCUGACACUCUGCCUGGAGACGCACCUGCGCCAUGCGGCCGUCUACCACAACUUCUUCACCGAAGUCCAAAAAUGCGAACAAUGGUGCAUUAUACAAGACCAGCUGUUGAACAGCACCUACAGCCAGAGUGAAUUCACGUUGGACGAAGGUGAAAAGCUCUUGAAGGAGAUGCAGGACCUUCGCGAAGAUUUGAGCCAUUACAGCAGCGUCGUUGAGGCACUUUACGAGCGCAGCCGGGAAGUCGUUCCACUCAAACAGCGGAGAUCGUCGCUGCGACAGCCCAUCGCCGUCACGUCCAUUUGCAUCUACAAGCAAGUCGAGGUCAGCAUCGGCAAGGACGAGGUGUGUAAAUUGGUCAGCAACUCGUCGAAAACCAAAUGGAAGGUCGUCACCAGCAACGGGGUCGAAUGUCAAGUGCCCAGCGUGUGUCUCCUGAUCCCGCCACCGGACCCAGAAGCCGCCGAAGCGGCCGACCGUCUCAAACGCCAGUACGACCGGUGCGAGGCACUUUGGCUCAAGAAACAAAUGCGGAUGAGUCAGAACAUGAUUUUCGCCACCAUCAAAGUGGUCAAGAGCUGGGAUUUGUCCCAGUUUAUGGCCAUGGGCAAGGAUCAACGUGAUGCCAUCCGCAAGGCGCUGAACGAAGACGCCGAAAAGCUCCUUCAGCAAGGCGACCCCAACGAUCCGCAAUUGCGACGACUCCAGCGGGAGAUUGACGAAGUCAAUCAGCUCUUUGACGAAUUCGAGAGACGCGCGGCUUUGGGCAACCGGCCGGAAUUGAGCCAGCGGGCCAUCGGCGACCAGCUGACGACUUUGUUGGUUCAGUUGGAAGAAUCUGAGCGGACGCUGACGAGCCGCAUCACGGCGCCUUUGCCGCGCGACUUGGAUCAACUCGAACAGCUCGUCGUCGAGCACAAACAUUUCGAGACGGAAUUGCAAUCGCUCCAGCCCGAACUCGAAUCGGCCAAGGAGAACGUGGAAGCCUGUCCGCGCAAGACGCCGUCCAUGCAAACCAAAUUGGACACUUGCAUCACCAAAUGGAACAUGAUCUGGCAAAACUCGAAUUUGUACAUCGAGAGGCUCAAGGGCACGGAAAUUGUCCUCAACGGCCUGGACGAGUCGACCAAAUUCGUGUCUCGCCUGGAAAUUCAACUGGCCUCUUGCGAGAACAUGCCGGCCGAGCCGGAAGCGCUUCGAAAGGUCCACGACGACCUGGUGGACAUGCAGUCGAACAUCCAAAUGCAACAGGGUGUCAUCGACCAGCUGGCCGAGGAAGCCGGAACUGUCCGCCAAUUGGUGAUCAGAUCGCGCAGCUCAGUCAACGCCACCAUCCGCAAACAUCCGGACGUCGACCGGCUGGAAGCCGAAGUCAAGACGAUCAUCACCCGCUGGAGCAACAUCUGCACCCAAGUUGUCGAACGGCUGCAGAGCUGCGAGACGACAUUCGAACACUUGGAGCGAUACUCUGCCAUGUCGCAAGUCAAUCAUACUUGGAUCGACGCCACGAGCGAGACGGUCAGCAAAUUGCCGCCCGUGGAGAACGGGGUCCAGGCCAAGGACCAGCUGGAUAGCACAGCGAAACUCUACAACGGCGUGGCAGCCAAGAAACCGUCGCUAGAUGAGGCCAACAUCCUCGGCGCUCGACUUAUCCGCGAGGCAAAGAUCUACGACAUCCGUCUCAAGAGCUACCGCACGGCUCUAGAGGAAUUCCAGCCGAGCUGGGACGGCAUUGUUCAGACUCGACGCGGGCCGAGAGGUCCGGCCACGGCGGCCGAGUACGUGGCACGCGAUUUGGACGAUCUCAACGGCCACUACGAAGAGCUGGUCGAUGCCCUGCAGCGUCGCUUGCAGCUCCUCUGCGACAUGGCCCAGCAGGAACUCGACGAAUUUGAGUUCGAUGUUGGAUGUCUUGCGGAGAGGCCCGUGGUGCACACGUACCUGAACGAGUUGCACCUGUGCAGCAACAGCAGCGAUAACGACGAAAGCCACGACGACGGAGACAUGCCUUCCAUUCCUUAUUCGCCCAAGACGUCAAUGUCGUCCAGCCCCCCGCGCCGAUCCUCCAUCACGACUGUCUACAUCGACUCUGAGCAGCAAAUGAGCACUCGGGUGUCGACGACGACGCUGAUGCAGCAGCGGCGGGACAGCGGCAACAACGGCCGGAUGUCGGCCGAAUCGGGGCGACGUCUCUCCCAGUCCAUUGUCACGUCCUCCACCUCCUCCAUGUCCUCUGCCACAGCCUCUUCCACUUGUCUGACGCAAAGCUUGUCCAGCACCCCUCACUUUGCCAACCGCAAAACUGGCCAGCAGCUGACCCUGAUGGAGGCCAUCCAGACGGGCCUGCUGGACGUGCAGCGCGGCGCUUACAUGGAUCCGGUGACGGGCAAUGUCCUGACGCUGUCGGAAGCGGCCAGCCAGGGACUGGUGGACCCGACGGCCGCCUCGGCCCUCACCCAGCCCUCGCUAGGAUUGAAAGACCCGCGCACGGGUCAGGGCAUCUCCCUGAUGCAGGCCAUCCAGCUGGGCCUCUACGACGCGGGCCGCGGCGGGUUCGUCCAUCCGCAGACGCGCGAGCCCGUUUCGGCCGAGGAGGCGCUCCUGAUGGGCCUCCUCCUCAGAGACAAGCAAGCCAUGGAGGAAAGGUACAAGCUAUGCGAUGAUGGUAUGGCUCGUCUCCUCGUCUGGAUUUCCAACGUUGAAGCCCAACUGGCCAACCAAGAUACUGUCCGUGAGGAUGUGGCGGAAUUGAAGAAUCAAAUUAACGUUAUCCGAGGCGUCCGCGAUGAUUUGGAAUCGCAUUCCCGCCCGGUCAACGCCUGUUUAGAUCAGGUGCGUCAAAUCGUCAGUCAAGGUGGUGAAUUCCUCUCGGCCGAUGAGAUCAACACCCUGGAAGCUAAAGGUCAGGAACUGAAGAAACGUUAUGACAACGGAACCGACCAGACAGAGAAGUUGCUCCGCAAGGUGUCGAUUGCGCUGGACGAACUGCACAAAUUCCGCACGGAAAUCACCAAUUUCAAGACGUGGAUGGUUAAAUCUAAUAAAUUGGCCGAAGAAAAAGAGCGCCAACUGGCCAACCUUAGCCGAGUGCAGGCAAAUGCGGAAACGACAAGAGAAUUCGUCAGUGAUGUCAUCGCACACCAGGCGGAUCUGCGCUUCAUUACCAUGGCCGCCCAAAAGUUUGUCGAUGAAUCAAUGGAAUAUCUCGUCGUCCUCAACGACUUCCGCGAUCGUUUACCACAGAGAUUGAGACGCAUUGAACCCUCUGAACUGUUGGUCAAGGCCGAAGUGGUGGAAGUCACCGAGGACUAUCAGACAUUGAUGAAGCGAGCCAACAAGUUGUCCGACAAGAUGAGCGACAUUAACAGUAAGCAUAAGGAUUACCAGGACAUUGUGACCAAAGCCAAAGCCUGGCUGAAAGAAGUCGAACCAAAAGCCACGAAAAUCGUUAACGAGCCACUCGGAGCCGAACCCAAAAUGGUCGAGGAUCAACUUGGCCGUGCCAAAGCCCUCAAUAAUGACGUUGUUGCCAACGAACGACUGGUUAAUCACACCGUUCAGGCGGCGGCUAGUUUGUUGACAGCCCUAGAUGGCGACGUUUCUGAGGUGGAAAAAAGCAACCUUCAAAGCGUUCCUGCUGAUAUCCAAGAACGCUACAAGAAGUUACUGGAUGCCUUGGCUGACAAAUGUCAAUUCUUGGACAAUGCGCUCGUGCAGAGCCAAGGAGUUCAAGAAGCUUUGGAUUCGCUUGCCAACUGGCUCAGCCAGGCUGAAAAUCAGCUCAAGACUAUGACACGGCCAACCAGUUUGAAUAAAGAUCGACUGGAUGAACAGCUCCGAGAACAUCGGGUGUUGGUAGCUGACAUUGAAAGCCACCGCCCCAGUUUCGAGAGUAUUAACGAAGCUGCAGCUGCUCUUAUCGCAAAUCCGGAUAACGCCCGUGUGGCUCGCAAGAUUGAAGCUAAAAUGAAAGACAUGAACUCGAGGUACGAGAAACUUCAAGAUAAGGUGUACAAGAGAGGAUAUGUGUUGGAAGAAAUCGCCAAGUCGUUGGAUAGUUUCAUCAACUCGGUCUCCCAGUUCGACGACUGGUACCAACAAGUCUGGGAAAUCCUUGACUUUUCUGAUCAGGAAGAAGCCGAUCAACUCGGUGCAAGGAUCGAAGAUAUUUCUCGCCAAAAAGAUCAACGCAGAGAAGACUUCGACAACAUGCUCCAGAAUGGCAGGACUUUGGUCAUCAAGAAAGACAUCGCCGACGCUACUCCUAUUCGAGAAAAAAUCAAAACAUUGGAAAUGCAAUGGAAGGAUUUGUCGACAGUCAUUGAUCAAAGUCUCAAGGACGGCAAGGCCAGAACUGAUCAGCUCAACACCUACGAGAAACUGCGCGAUCAAGUUCUCGAGUGGUUGACCAAAAACGAAGGUCGAGUCGACACCCUGGAACCCGUUGCAGUGGAUGCAGACAUCCUCAAGCGACAAACGGAUGAACUUCGACCAAUCAUGAAAGAAUUCCGCGACUACGAGACCACCAUUAGCCGCGUAGCUGAUUUGGGUUACGCUUACGAAAACAUGACUCGACUGGUAGGAGACGGUUCCCGCAAAUCGAGUAUCGCGUCACCUUCGAAGCGAGCUUCCAUUACGACUCUGCGCCGUUCGUCACAAGAUGUGCGCCGCCCAUCGCAGGACUUGCGCCGUCAGUCGCAAGACUUGCGAAGUCCGUCACCGAUUAAAGUAGGUAUGGGGGCGUUACCUAUCAACCAGCUGAUCAGCAGCGUCGCGUCCAGCGGCUUCAAUAGUCGAAGAUCUUCACAAGACUUUUACGGCUCGGAAGACUCUUCCGUCGUGGAAAAGCAAAUCAAGGACAUUAACGAUCGCUACAGCCAGCUCCUCUCAAAGGUCAAUGACCGAAAAGCGGAAUUGGAAUUGAUGACUGAAGAAGCCAAGAAGCACACAGACGCGCUUCGAACGCUGGUCGCCUUCCUGGAUAAGGUCGAACGGCAGUUACCUCGCGAUUCGGCCGUUCCUCAAACGAGGGACGACGCCGAGAAGCAGUUGAGAAGUGUCAAGAAUGUAUUGGAGGAUAUGUAUGAUAAACAACCACAACUUGAUACCCUCAAGACUCAGGUGUCUGAACUACUUCGGAGGAAGAGUGGUGUUCCUGGCGCAGAUGCUCUACAAGAUCAGAUGAUGUCUGUCUCUGGUCGUUGGAAGGACCUGCAGGAUCGUUGCAAAGCUCGCUCUAAAUUUUUGGAAGACGUCAAAGAUUUCCAUGAUACUCACGACCAGUUAUCGGCUUGGCUUACAGCCAAAGAUCGCAUGAUGUCUGUCCUUGGUCCGAUUUCCUCCGACCCACGUUUAGUUCACCAUCAGCUCCAGCAAGUUCAAGUCUUGCGUGAGGAGUUCAAGGCACACGAGCCGCAGGUUCAGCAUUUGGAACGCUUGGCAGAUUCGAUUUUGGAGAUUGCCGAACCCAAUUCGAACGAUGGACGCAAAGUUAACGACAAAGUGGUUUCGAUCUCCGCCAAAUGGUCGGAUUUGAUUGGUCGUCUCGAGGAACGCAAGCAAAACUUAGACGCCGCAUCAGGCACGAGUCGCCAGUUCUACGCCAGCCUAGGCCAGCUACAGGAUGCUCUGCAAAAGAUUUCUGAUAAUCUGGAGGAGUUGGCCGUCGAAAACGUCUACCCAGAAGAGAUACUUAAACAUCUGGAAGACCUCCAAGAUCAACUAGAGGGUCAGCGGCCAUUGAUUGCUGGUCUGGAAACCGUUGGCGAACAAUUGUGUGCAGUUUUGAGCGAUGCCUCAUCUAAAGCGGAGGUCGCCCAGAAACUCAGCCAAAUUGACAAAAUGCAUGCCCAACUCCAAAAGAAAUUGGACAACCGUCGUGCGGAACUCGAGAAUCUUUUGAAAGACAAUCGGGAAUUCGAAGAUCAAUGUGGGCAGCUGCAAGAGUGGCUGGGCGAUUGUGCCCGUCUACUAGUUGAUGCAUUACAGGUUUCCGCAGAUCGCGAUAUUUUGCGUCGUCAAUUGCAAGAUAACGAGCCAGCCUACAAAGAUGUGAUGGACAAGGAGCAUGAAGUCAUCAUGAUGUUAGACAAAGGUCAAGAGUUGGCAAACCAGUCGCCAAACAAAAACGACGCCAAGGCUUUCAACAAGUUGUUGGAGAGAAUCCGUGGAGACUGGAACAAAGUCCGCCAAGAGACUGUCAGUCGCCACCGCCGAUUGCAGACUUGCAUGGAACUCUGUCGUAAAUAUGAUGGAUCCCAAGAAACGUUCAUUCCGUGGCUUGACCAAGCUGAAGAGAAACUCAAUCAGAUGCAACCAGUUGCCUUCAAGAAAAGCGACUUGGACGCACAAGUUAAAGAGCUGCAAUCCUUCCGCAAUGAUAUGUCCAGACACAGCGCCACAUUUGAGACGAAUAAGUCUCUCGGAGAAUCUUUCCUGUCGGCAUGCGACAUUGACAAAGACGGUGUCAAGAGCGAGCUGACAACCACCAAGCAACGUUGGGAUCAAAUUAAUGCUGCCGUCCUGGAACGUUCUCAAUCACUGGAGGAUAUUGCUCAGCGUUUGGCUGAGUUCAUCGAACUCUUGCGCGAUUCGCAACAUGCCAUGCAACGUUGUGAGGAUCGACUUUCUUCUCAUGACGCCUUGGGAGCUGCAGCCCGCGAUUCCAGAUUGCUGGAUCGCAUCCGAACACUCCUGGAUGAAGCCGUUCUUCUCGAAAAGGGGGUAGACCGUGUUCAGCAGUACGCCUCUGGAUUAGUGGCUGAUGCUGCUAGCCAUGAAUCUAACGCUAGCCAUAUUCAAGACCAGGCUGACGAUCUCGCCAGACGUUAUUCUGAAUUACGAGCCCAGCUUGAGGACCGUUGCAAUAUGCUGGAGACAGCCUCUGUUGCUGUCUUGCAGUUUAAUGAACAUGUCAAGGCGGUCUUAGGUGAUUUAUCCACUCUGGAAAGUGAGUUGGAUUCAAUGGCACCAGCUGGAAGAGAUUUAGAUACAUUGAACAAUCAACUCGAUCAGACAAAUCACUUUUUGGCCAAACUUGAAGCCCGCCAGGCUGAAGUUGAAGCAAUUGCUACCGACGGCCAGAGCUUGGUAUCGGAGGGACACGCCCCCGACGCACAAGGUUUACGCGAUCAAUUAGAUUCCCUUCGCAAGCAAACGUCACGUUUGGAGGAUCGCGGAAAGAAUCGGCUAGACGAACUCGAGAAAACGCUUGUUCGAGUUGAGAGCUUCUACGACUUAUACAGCAACAUCAUGCAACAUAUUGACGAGGCUUCGAACGAAGAACGAGCUUUUAAACCCAUCGUUGGUGACGUUGAAUUGGUUCGUCAGCAACAAGAAGAAUUUCGUAGCUUUAAGCAGGAACUUAUCAUUCCUCUCGGUCAAAAUGUGGAAGAAGCUAAUCGUGGCGGCCAAGGUUUAGUCCAGUCGGCCGCAAAUGGUGUAUCAACGACAGCCCUUGAAUCUGAUCUGGAAAAGAUGAAUGAUCGUUGGAACAAUUUGAAAGAGAAACUCAAUGACCGCGAACGUAGACUUGACGUUGCAUUCUUACAAUCCGGAAAGUUCCAGGAAGCUUUACAGGGCUUAUCGAAAUGGCUCUCUGACACUGAAGAAAUGGUUGCUAACCAGAAGCCUCCAUCAGCAGAUUAUAAGGUCGUCAAGGCUCAAUUACAAGAGCAGAAAUUUUUGAAGAAACUGCUGUUGGAUCGUCAGCAAUCGAUGUCUUCGCUGCUGGAUAUGGGUCAGGAUAUAGCAAAUCAUGCUCACCCUGAAGAGCAGGCUGAAAUUGAAGAACAACUCCAGGAAUUGGUGGCCCGUUUUGACGCCUUGACCAAUGGCGCAGACGACCGAAUGGACGCCCUUGAGAAAGCGAUGGCUGUAGCCAAGGAAUUCCAAGAUAAGUUCUCCCCAAUUGCUGACUGGUUGGAGAAGAUGGAACGAAAAAUCAAAGAAAUGGAGAUUGUUCCUACCGAUGAAGAGAAGAUCCAGCAACGCAUUGAGGAACACGACCUGCUUCAUGAUGACAUUCUCAGCAAAAAGCCAGCUUUCGAUGGUCUGACUGAUAUUGCCACAAAUUUGAUGUCAUUGGUAGGAGAAGAAGAGGCUGGUGUCCUGGCAGAUCGUCUGACAGAACUGACCGAUCGCUACGGCGCCUUGGUGGAGAACUCUGAAGCCCUUGGUCGGCUACUGAGCGAUGCCAAGAGCGGUUUGAGACACUUGGUUCUAUCGUACGAGGACUUGUUGGCCUGGAUGGAAAGUAUGGAGUCCAAGUUAUUCAAGUACCGUAUUCUAUCGGUUCACGUCGAAAAACUGCAAGAACAAAUGGAGGAACUGAUGUAUCUGACGGAAGAAGUGGCAGGUCAUCAACCUCAAGUAGAGUCUGUUGUCGACACUGGUCUGGAGCUUAUGCGACACAUCACCAACGAGGAAGCUCUGCAACUCAAAGAAAAACUCGAUUCAGUUCAGCGUCGUUACACCGAUUUGACCGGAAGAGCCGAUGAUUUGUUGAAACAUGCUCAAGAAACUCUACCACUUGUCGAGCAAUUCCAUUCAUCGCACAAUGGCCUCGCCAAUUGGCUCUUGGAUGCUGAAGACCGUCUGCAAGCCCUGGAUUCUUCGUCGGCGGCUUCAGGAGGAAGCGCUGGAUUAGAUGUUCAGGAAAGUAUUAUCGCUCGCUUAGAAAACGAAUUGGCCGAGGUCAGACCUUUCUUGGAUACGGUCAAUCAAAGUGGACCUCAACUCUGCCAGAGAUGCCCAGGUGAAGGUUCUGCUUAUAUCGAGUCAUUGAUCACUCGCGACAACCGUCGCUUCGAUGCUAUUUGCGAACAGAUCCAGCGAAAGGCUGAGAGAUUGCAUUUAUCAAAGCAACGUUCGAUGGAAGUAGUGGGUGAUCUUGACGAGCUGCUGGACUGGUUCCACGAAACUGAACAGCAGUUGCGCGAAGCCGAUCCUCCCAGUUCCGACCCAGAAGUCAUUCGCGUUCAGCUCAAAGAACACAAAGUCAUCGGUGAUGAAAUUUCCACCCAAAAGGGACGUGUACGAGACAUUCUAUCAGCAGCCCAAAAAGUACUUCGUGAAUCACCUCAAACCGAAGAUUCUGGUUUCAUCAGAGAAAAGAUGGAAGAUCUUAAGGAAACAAGGGAUCGCGUCUCGGAAUUGAGUGCAGACCGUUUGAGCAUCCUGGAACAAGCCCUGCCACUAGCAGAGCAUUUCUAUGAGGCUCAUUCUGAUCUUUCCAACUGGUUAGGAGAAAUAGAAGAGGCGUUGGCCAAUCUGGAUGAUCCAGCGAUCCGCCCCGAACAGAUUGUUCGUCAGCAAGAAGGCAACAAACUUCUAAUGGCCGAAGUUGCCGAGCACAAACCUCUAUUUGACAAACUGAAUAAGACGGGAACAACUCUAGCCAAGCUGUGCAUCGAGGAGGAAGGCGUCAAGGUCCACGACAUCCUUGAAUCGGACAACUCCAGGUACGCUGCUUUGCGAUCGGGUCUACGAGAACGCCAACAGGCACUUGAGGAGGCCUUGCAAGAGACGAGUCAAUUCUCUGACAAACUGGACGGCAUGCUCGCCGCCUUGGCCAAUGCUUUCGAACAAGUGAAAUCUGCCGAACCCGUCUCUGCCCAUCCUGAUAAGAUCCAGGAGCAGAUGCAAGAGAAUCAGUCUGUUGUCGAAGACUUGGAGAAGAGAGAAUCGGCCUUUGAGGCAGUGAAACGAGCUGCUGAUGAAGUGAUUGUGAAAAAUCCUUCAGAUCCGGCCGUUAAAGACAUCGAGGGCAAGCUGAAGAAAUUGUCCAAGCUAUGGGACACGGUUGUGUCUGCUACCGGAGAGCGCGGCAAAUCUCUGGAAGAAGCUCUGGCCGUUGCCGAGCGCUUCUGGGAAGAAUUGCAAGCUGUUAUGACGGCUCUGAAGGAACUGCAGGAAACUUUGGUUACUCAAGAACCACCUGCCGUCGAGCCAGCUAAGAUUCAUCAGCAACAAGCCACCUUACAAGACAUUAAGACCGAUAUUGAGCAUACUAAGCCUGAAGUAGAACACUGCCGCCAAGUUGGUCAAGAGCUCAUUAACUUGUGUGGAGAACCAGACAAGCCGGAAGUCAAGAAACACAUUGAAGAGUUGGAUUCUGCAUGGGACAACAUCACAGCAUUGUAUGCCAAACGAGAGGAGAACCUCAUCGAUGCCAUGGAAAAAGCCAUGGAAUACCAUGACACUCUCAACAGCCUAAUUGAGUUCUUGGAGAAAGCGGAGAAAAAAUUCCAUGGUAUGCGACCUCUCGGAACUGAUAUCGAGACUGUAAAAGAACAAAUUGAGCAACUCAAGGCGUUCAAAGCUGAAGUUGAUCCUCAAAUGGUCAAAGUGGAAACACUUAAUAGGAGUUUACACAGGCAAGCUGCUGAUCUCGCAGAUCGUACUUCACCCGAUCAGGCGGCCCGUUUGAAGGAGCCCUUAGCCAAAGUGAACAGGCGUUGGGAAGAUCUUUUGCGCGGAGUUGUCGACAGACAACGUGAAUUGGAGCACGCUCUGUUGCGUCUAGGACAGUUUCAACAUGCUCUCAAUGAACUGCUGGUUUGGAUCCAACGAACCGACAGCACUCUGGAUGAAUUGAAACCCGUUUUUGGAGAUCCGAGUGUCAUUGAAGUUGAAUUGGCUAAGUUGAAGGUGCUGAUCAAUGACAUCCAGGCUCAUCAAACCAGUGUUGACACGUUGAACGACGCUGGUCGGCAGUUGGUUGAAACUGACAAGGGCUCGGAUGAUUCCAACAAAACUCAACAACGUUUAGUGCUGCUCAAUAAAAAGUGGGGUGAUCUGGUUGAAAAGGCUUCCAACCGUCAAAAAGAACUGGAAGAUGCCCUGCGGGAGGCUCAGCAAUUCACUGCUGAAAUUCAAGACCUGUUGUUGUGGCUCAACGAUAUUGAUGGUGCUUUGUCCAUGUCGAAACCGGUGGGUGGUCUACCCGAGACGGCAUCGGACCAACUUCAGCGUUUUAUGGAAGUCUACCACGAGCUGGAAAAGAACCGGCCGUUGGUCGAAAGCUGCCUACAACGCGGUGCUGAUUACCUGAAGCGUUCAACCGAUGGAGCCGCUUCCUCGUUGCAGCAUAAUCUGAGAACACUGAAGCAACGUUGGGACAACGUGAUGAACCGAGCUAACGACAAGAAAAUCAAGUUGGAGAUCGCGCUCAAGGAGGCUACCGAGUUCCACGAUGCCCUUCAAGCUUUCAUUGACUGGCUGACUAACGCUGAGAAAACUUUGGGUGGCCUCAAACCUGCCUCACGUGUUAUGGAGACCGUCCUCUCCCAAAUUGAGGAGCACAAAACCUUCCAAAAAGACAUUGCGGCUCAACGCGAGGUGAUGCUCAGCUUGGACAAGAAGGGAACCCACCUGAAAUACUUCAGCCAGAAGCAGGAUGUUAUCCUGAUUAAGAAUCUGCUCAUCAGCGUUCAACACCGCUGGGAGCGUGUUCUGUCAAGAGCCGCCGAACGAACUAGGGCACUCGAUCAUGCGUACAAGGAGGCCAAGGAGUACCACGAUUCGUGGCACGAACUAUAUUCAUGGCUAGACGAAGCUGAAAAAGGAUUUGACGAUGCUGUUCUGCAACUGGGAAAAGACCCCGAGAAAAUCAAGCAGUUGUUGGCCAAACACAAGGAGUUUCAACGAACUCUUGGUGCUAAACAACCUACUUAUGACGGCGUCGUGCGACUCGGUAAACUCGUCAAGGAUCGUGCUCCGAAGACAGAUGAGCCCACCUUGAAGCAGAUGAUGUCUGACCUGAAGGCCAAGUGGCAAUCUGUUUGCAACAAGUCAGUUGAUCGCCAGAGGAAGCUCGAAGAAGGAUUGCUUUUCUCUGGGCAAUUCAAGGACGCCAUUCAGGCGUUGGUCGACUGGCUGUGCAAAACGGAUCCGGCUCAAAUGAUGGAAGGUCCCGUCCAUGGAGAUUUAGAUACGGUGAUGGCGCUGCGUGAACAGCACAAGAACUUUGAAGAAGAGCUUCAUAGCCGAUUAGCUCAGACCAAACAGGUCCGAAAAAUGGCCGUGGAUGUUAUGUCAAAUGCCAGUGAAGAGGACAGAGCAGCCAUUCAAAAGCAAGUAUCCGAAUUGGAUGUCACCUGGGAAAAUGUUUCCAAAGCUUCAAACACCAGAUCUGCUCGCCUGGAUGAUGCUUUAGCCCAAGCGGAAACUUUGCACAAAGCAGUCAACAUGCUUCUAGAAUGGCUCUCAGAUGCUGAAAUGAAACUACGAUUCGCUGGCGCUCUACCCGAUGAAGAACCAGAAACAUUGCAACAGUUGGCAGACCAUCAUAAAUUUUUGGAAGAGGUGAUCAAGAAAGAGGCUGACAAAGACGAUACCUUGGCAUUGGCUCAAGACAUCCUUGGCAAGGCCCAUCCCGAUGCUGUCUCUGUUAUCCGUCAUUGGAUUACCAUCAUUCAAUCUCGAUGGGAAGAAGUCAUGGCAUGGGCUAACCAGCGUGAACACCGUCUUAACGAACACCUCCGCAAUUUGCGUGAGAUGGCCUCCAUUCUGGAAGAGCUUCUGGCUUGGCUGUCCACUGCUGAGAAGACUCUGAUUACUCUGGAAGCCGAAACCUUACCUGAUGAUCUACCUAUCAUCGAAGGUUUGAUCAAGGAUCACCAAGAAUUUAUGGAGGACAUGGCUAAACGACAGCCCGAAGUGGAUCGCGUGUGUAAAACCAAGCAACCACCUCGAAAUAAUCAGCCAGGCAAAAUCGAGCGUAAACCAUCUCGCAACAAGUCGACAUCUUCAGUGCCUGAUCGAGAAUUCAGCCAGAGUCCGACCCGGGAAUCAUCACCGGAACACGAUACUCCUGCGCGCCGUCCCAGCCGUGUAACACCUGACCGAGAAAAUUCGCUAAUACCCCGUCUAGUCCGACCCAGCUACAAACCGCAAUCGCGAGAGUCGACUCCUGGACCACAACAACAAAGUCGAAAGCCAAGUCAAGCGACUUCACCGAGUCCAGCACGAGAUGGUUCUCCUUCACGUGACUAUCCUAAACCUUGGAUGGUUGGAGCAAGUCGUAGCAGCCCUGGCCGUGAAAAGACCCCAGAUAACUACUGGCCACAUAUAGGUCCGCGCUUUGCUCCCUCUGUUACUCCAGUUACUGGAAACAGUCGCAAAGGAAGCAAGGUGAGCGUAGAAGUGUUGCCGCGCAAUCCUCGCGCGCGCCAACUCUGGGAUCGCUGGCGUAACGUAUGGAUGAUGGCCUGGGACCGCCAGCGCCGUCUCCAAGACAAACUGAAUUACUUGCAAGAGCUGGAGAAGGUCAAAAACUUCAGCUGGGACGACUGGAGACGCAGAUUCAUGAAAUACAUGAAUAACAAGAAGUCACGAGUGACUGACCUGUUCCGCAAAAUGGACAAGAAUAAUGAAGGAUUUAUUCCUCGCGAAGAUUUUAUCGAUGGAAUCAUGAAGACCAAGUUCCCUACCAGCCGUAUGGAGAUGAAUGCUGUGGCCAACAUGUUUGACCGCAACAAUGAAGGCUAUAUCGACUGGAAGGAAUUUUUGGCCGCUUUGCGACCCGACUGGGAGGAGCGCCCAACUACCGAGGACGAAAUCAUUCACGAUGAAGUGAAACGCGCAGUAAACCAAUGUACAUGUCGCAAUCGGUUCAAGGUUCACCAGGUUGGCGAAGGACAGUAUCGGUUCGGUGACAGCCAGAAACUUCGUCUGGUCCGCAUUUUGCGCUCAACUGUUAUGGUGCGUGUCGGCGGUGGCUGGGUGGCACUUGAUGAAUUCCUCGUCAAAAACGAUCCUUGCCGUGCCAAAGGUAGGACCAACCUCGAGCUCCGCGAGCAGUUUAUCCUGCCCGAAGGCGCUUCGCAGGGAAUGACACCGUUCAAGCCCAGAGCGAGCCCCAACAGCUCCGUGUCUAGCCAGCCUGGAACCGGCCAAAUGGUCGUCUCGCCCCUUCAUGCACGAUCACCCUCUCUUCCUACCGCAGGGCCCAUCACCAAGGUCCGCGAGAGGACGGUACGCAGUUCACCAAUGCGCCCAUCGUUCUCUGCUGGAACACCAGACAGCUCCGUCAGCGAAAGCGAUGGCUCGUUCCACUUGCACGGUGGCCGCAAGGCCUCCGCUCCUCCGAGGACAAUGACGUCUGGAGGCGGAAGUCAUUCUGGAAGUCGGCCCGCUAGCCGCAAUGCGGAUUCAAAACACGGAUCCAUUCAAUCUCUCGACAGUUACGACGGUGGAUACGCGCAAAAAACACCCACAGGGAUCCGCCGUACUCCUAGUUUCCAACGUCCGGAUUCUGCUGCUCGCCAUCAACCAGGCUCAUCCAGCACUUUGCCUCGCAAGAGAUCGACUAUUCCGUCACCAGUGGAAACGCGCGCUCGUCAUCCAAGCUCAUCAAGCGCAUCGGGCAUGUCGCCCAGUCCAUCUGGGGGUCUCAAUGGAGGUGCCAUCAGCGCUGCCAGCCGAUCAAGGAUAUUACGAACUGCGUCCGCCUCGAAUAUCCCUGUAUUAACGUCAACGCCGUCUAGAUCGAGGAUUCCAAUUUAUGUGGGAGUUGACAGUGAAGAUGGGACUAGAGCUCGCCAUUCGAUCACGGCUAGUCAUCGAUCCUCGCUAUCUACUAGCCGGCCAGUGUCUCGGACCCCUUCCACGUCAAACAUUCCUGUAUUAACAACCCCCUCUCAAAGGGGUCGCACUGCCUCUGGUUCGAGUGGUACCGGCAUUCCGGGCACUCCCGGAACGAUGAGACGAGAAGGAACCUCUGACUCGAUGUCUGGCAUAGCACGCAAAGUAACCAGCACUGGUAUCCGCAAACCUUCCGGCACGCCUACAUCUCGACCCAGCCCCAAGUAAACUUGAAAGGAUAAACGUGAAGAUCCGUCCAGUGGUAAAAUCCAACCAAUCGGGAGAUUUCAGUUGAAUUCCAGCUAAUAAUUUGAAAUACUUGGGAUUUUUGUUACUGCAAAGGAAGAGCAUCUCUGUUUGUUCGAUUUUUAUUAUUUUUUGUUUUGUUUUUCGUCUUGUUCAUUUUUUUUUUAUGUUGACAUUAAUCCGUUCCCUGCCACUUUCUUCCGCCGAAGUUAUGUUAGCGCUUUCGUUCGCAGUUGGAUUUACUACUUCUCACUAACUCUGUUUUAAAAAAUCUUAAAAUCCCAUCUUAAAAACGCCCCGCAAUGUUACUCGCGAAUUUAUAUAGCAAUGAUAACUAGAAACAGGGCAAAUUCGUGACUUUAUGGUUCGCCUAAAAAAAAAAACGACGGAGCGCGACGCUCAUCCGCUGAUUUACGUUUAAGGAAUGCGUCGAACGGAGGAAAUUGACGGUUCGGGGGUAAAUUUGAGCACAAUUCUACAUCUUUUGUGUUCACGAUUCGGACAAUUUUUUUCCGUUUUACGCUAUUCUUUUUGUCGCUUUUGAUGAGAUAAAGUUUAUGGUCGCAAUUUUUUUAAUAGCAAUUUCUCCGAAAGAAUGUACAUAACGUGCUCUCUCGAUAAAUUUUACACUCUGAAGCACGGUGUUGGGGUUGACGAUGUAAAAUGCUAUAGAAAGAGGGUAUAACACGAUGGCUAACCUCGAAAUAUCAUAUUAAUGAAAAUCCAUUCAGUUAGUUUUAUGCUGUCAUCUUAUGUCCAGUUUUUGCAAAAUUAUAGUGAUAAUAAAUUAACCCUGUGGCUUAUAA